CAGAUAUUAGAUGGCAAGGAGAGCAGAGUAAGCAACUGCCAAGUUUCACUCGUCUCAGCUCUACCCAAAAUAGCCAGACCAAGCCCUCUUCUUCCCAGCAACACUAGCAUUCCCCUGUCCAAAACCAACAAAGAUCCAAGAACAAUAAGUGAAGAUGGUGACAUGAGAAAUCAUCAGUAGACUGAAGGGGACAGGCUAGAGCAAGAAGCUAGCCUACUGGACUGGGGUCUGGAGCGUAGGAGCAGCAAGAGUAGGGCCAACAGAGAGAACAGAAGAAGAAAGAGCAAAGCUUGUAUGAGAAUCCUACUGGACCAAGUGAGGAGAGCAAUGGUGAUGGCUACAACUACACAGGGGACCUAGAUGUGGAUCCAUCUAGUGCUAUGUGCGAUAUGGAUGCUACAUAUGGGGGUUGGGAUGAAUAAUUGAUGACCUAGCUAUGUAAUCCAAGAACCAUUUUAUCACCAUCUGUGUAGUACUACUAGUUGAAGCUCCGGUGUUAGGAGAUGUAAUAAUUUGGUGAACAUGUGAGAAGCUUACCUAAGACUUUUAGCCCUGCGUGGCAUGGUACUGUAAUAUAAAUGACUAUCUCUAGCUAUUCCCUGUUGCAAAUCUCUGACAUGGAUUAUUAUUUGACAAAACAAGAUUUUGUCAAGAAAUAAUCCAAGGACUAGUGUCAUUAUCUAUAAUAAUAAUGACACGGGUCGUCACAGGUGGUAUCAGAGCAAUGGUUUCGAGGGCCACGCAUAUAGUUAGAGACGGUAGGAAUACUUUAGUUAGAACCCAUACUUGCUAUAUUGCACAAGUAAUUAGUCCCAGAACAUAUUAUCCUGUCCAGUAACUUUAGAUGACUACUAUGCUAAUUAGAAGCCUGUUGCAGGAUGGUUCGAAUUAGAAUUCCACCAUCAAGGGUUCGUGGCCAGCAUGUCCUACUACUUUGGCAAAUGAUGCAGGAGCUUGGGGCACCAUGUCCUCAAUUCUUUGAAGAGAUGCCAGAUGAUGGAACACACUCCUACAGACGUGUAGUUGUGGUGCUCAGCGGUGUUCCAUCAGACAUGGACUUCUAUGUGGAGCUCUCCACAAUGCAGCGGUCAUCCGAUGACACUCUACCCAUGCAGGAGGUUGCCAAGGAAGCUAUGCUUGGACUGCGAGCAUGCUUUGGAGAGAAACUACGCACCACCGGAUACCGUGACUUGCCAGCACUUAAUUCUGGGAGUUUUGGGCAGAACCAUCAGCAAGGACCUAGAGGAGCAAGCCUGGGUGUUGGGUCUUCAUCAGCUCAGCCUACACCUGCCGGUUCAACAGUUAGCACCACUUCUAGUAUGACAAUGAUUGCUGAUACGAUGAUGUAUCAUACAAUGAAGGAGGAGCUUAUUAGACACCAGGAAGCAACCCAAUUCUGGUAUCAAUGCUAUCAGAUGAGCGAACAUGAUAGGAUUAUGCUUCAGGGAGCACUAAAUGCUAUGCCUGGAGGUCCUCUGAAUCCUAUAGUAGUACCAGGUGAUGUUCAAGAGGAAGAAGAGGAGGAUCCAGAGGAAGUAGAACCAGAGGAACCGGAAGAAGUUGAGGGAGUAGAGAACCCAAAUGAGCCACUAGUUCCACCCCCACCAAACGUACCACCUACACCACCCCAGCCACUACCUGAGCAUAUAGAUGAACCAGAACCAGCCCUACAGCCAGAUAUAGAGCAGCAGCAGCUACCCCACUUCCCUAUCCCACGACCACACCAACCUGACUUUAUCCACCCACACAUGAGUGUCAGCUUGAGGGAGUACAGGGAGGCUGCUACCUAUGCAAGGGUACUUGGGCUUGGCACGAGUGGCAGCGGAGGAAGCAAUGGAAGUGGCAGCGGUAGCAACAAUGGCGGUGGCAGCAGCAUCGUCUAAUCAAGUUCCAAUCUGCCAGACUCUUAGGCGUGGGACGCCUUGGCCAUAGACUAGUCUUUUGGGAUCAGCAGUAGUUAGUGUAGUGGCAGCCUGAAUAUGUGUGUUUAUGUAAGAUAUGUGGCAAGGCAGAGUUUGUCCCCUAUGUACUAGUAAGAUCUGAACCCUAUGUGGAGUGUGUUGUAGUUGUAAUGCAGUUAUGCCCUUAACUAAGACUUAUAUACUGGUUGUAAUAUAAGUGCUCGUUCUGUAGUAUAUAACUUGUGUGCAUUAGGAGGCUCAUAGUACCUUACUAUUGUGUGCUUGAGUGAGUAAUCAGAGUGGUAUCAUUCUGGUUAGUAAGAGGCAUUUGCCACCAUGAUUGCACUUCAUGUUGGGUUACUGCGAAUUUAAGGACAGCAUGCUAUUUAU